UUUUCCAUCAAAUAAGACGAAAGGGUAAACGGAGUGCCUUGACGGAAACUCCGUAUAAACCCGACCCGGAAGAGCUGGACCAUUACCAGCACCGAUAUGUCCACCGCUUCCGUUUGUAAGAUCAUCGCGAGCAUUCGCUUCCUCCCUGUCACUCGCUGAAGCACAAACUGACCAAAACAAAGCGAGCUUUCAUUUUUCCUUUUGUUGAAAAGAACAAUGGCUCCGGAAGACUCAAAGCCCCUAGAAGGAGAGGCUCCAUCGUCUUCUUCGUCCUCUGAUAGCUGGAAGGAGCGCAUCUUCAUCCCUACUCUCCUGGCAGGGAUUGUUGGUGGAGGAGCUGGAUUGAUGUCGAGGCAUCGGAAAGUUCACGGUCUCGCAAACAUAUCUGCUACUUAUGCUUCUAAUCUCGCCAUUGUCACCGGUUGCUAUUGCGGAGCACGUGAGUUUGUGAGAGCAACUCGGAAAACUGGACCUGAUGAUCUAUUGAACUCUGCAAUUGCAGGCUUCGGUACUGGUGCUCUGCUUGGACGUCUUCAAGGUGGUCAAUUAGGUGCUUUCCGUUACUCGAUCGUCUUUGCUAUUGCGGGCACAACAGCGGAUUUUGCGACACUUAGACUAAGCCCUCUCUUGAGAAGUUACAGUGAAUCUAUAUUUGGGAGUAACGGGAGUUCACAGAAGGAUGAUUGGUUGAAAUUGCCGGAGUGGUCCCCCAUCCAAGUGCUUGAUGAGGAAGCUCUUGCUGCAAAACAAGCUCGGGAACAACAGCUCUAUGCACAAAGGGCGGCACUUGGCGAACUGAGCAAAGAAGAAUCUUGAGAAACAUCUUAUAAUCAUGUACAUUAAAUCCUGUCUCUGUUGAUGCAAAUGUUUUUGGUGCUUGUUUCUCCAGCUGAUUGGAAAUGGCGCGAGUAGACAGUUUUGACGAAGUUGGUUUGUUUAUCUCAAUAAUUUCCAGUUCAAUUGAUGAACUUGCAGCUAGUCCUAUCAAAAUUUGUCCUAGUAAAGUUCUUGGAAUGCAGAGGAGAUCAUCAGAUUUGUGUACUAAAACAAUUCACAAAUUUCCUGGCAAAUAAAUGGUCGAAAUAAUUUUGAAGGCAA